AUGGAAAGAGCAAAGUCAUCCGUUGAACAAAUCCAGCCCCCAACUUAUGGGGACUUGGUAACCAUCCUGAGCAUCGAUGGUGGUGGCAUUAGGGGUAUAAUCCCGGCCACUAUUCUUGCUUUCCUCGAAUCCAAACUCCAGGAGCUGGAUGGGGAGGAUGCAAGACUUGCAGACUAUUUCGAUGUCAUCGCAGGAACAAGCACCGGCGGUCUUGUAACGGCCAUGUUAACCGCUCCAAAUGAAAACAAUCGCCCAGUUUUUGCUGCUAAAGAUAUCAAACCGUUUUAUCUGGAGCAUUGCCCAAAAAUUUUCCCUCAGCAUAGAGGGCUGCGUGCGACGGUGGUAGCAAAAGUAAUCAGAUCAUUGGGAGGACCCAAAUACGAUGGAAAAUAUCUUCACUGGAUCAUUGGAGAGAAGCUGGGAGAAACUCUUUUGCGCCAGACGCUCACCCACGUUGUCAUCCCCACCUUCGAUGUCAAGAACUUGCAGCCAACCAUUUUUUCGUCUUAUCAGAUUAACAGGUGUCCUUGCUUGAACGCAAGACUCGCUGACAUAUGCAUCGGCACAUCGGCGGCACCUACGUACCUUCCUGCCCACCACUUCAAGAACCAAGACUCCACUGGCGAAGAACUUGAAUUCAACCUCAUUGAUGGUGGUGUAACUGCAAAUAAUCCCACACUGGUGGCUAUCAACCAAAUAACGAAACAGAUAAUGGAGGAUAAUCCUGACUUCUGCACAAUAAAGCCUUUGGAAUUUAGGCGCUUCCUAAUAAUCUCACUAGGGACGGGCACGCCCAAGAAUGAGAAAAAAUUCACUGCACAACUAGCAGCCAAAUGGGGCCUACUGGGUUGGCUAUCCCAUGGAGGCUCUGCCCCUUUGGUGGAUGUGUUCACUCAGUCAAGUGCUGAUAUGGUUGAUUUCCAUGUAGCUACUGUCACUCAAGCGCUCCAAUGUGAAGAUCGUUACCUCCGAAUACAGGAUGAUACACUGACGGGUACGGAGUCUUCGGUUGAUAUUGCCACAAAAGAGAACUUGCAGAAGCUGCAACAAAUUGGGGAAAGGCUGUUGAAGAAACCUGUCUCUAGGGUGAACUUAGAAACUGGUGAGUCUGAGCCAGCAGGGAACGGGGAGACCAAUGAGGAAGCUCUUGUUAGGUUUGCGAAGUCACUUUCCCAUGAGAGGAGACUCCGAGGAAUGAGAUCUCCGCAUACCAACGAGGUUACCGUACUCUGCAUCUAUUUUUCUGCUGUAUAUGCAACUUGUCAAGGAAAGAACAGACUAAUCACCGUGCUUAGCAUCGACGGAGGCGGCGUAAGGGGAAUCAUUCCGGGUGUUAUACUUGCUUACCUUGAAUCCCAGCUUCAGAAAUUGGAUGGCGGAGAUGCAAGACUGGCACACUAUUUUGAUGUGAUUGCAGGAACAAGCACAGGCGGCUUGAUGACUGCCAUGUUAACUGCACCAGAUGAAAAGAAAAGACCUUUAUUUGCAGCCAGAGAUAUCAAGAAGUUUUACCUUGACAAUUGCCCGAAAAUCUUCCCACAGAACGGAUGUAAAUUAUUGCGUGCCCUGUGCGGACCAAAGUACGACGGCAAGUAUUUACAUCGCCUAGUUGAGGAAAAACUAGGUGACAAGAAACUGGACCAGACACUGACAAAUGUUGUGAUCCCAACCUUUGACAUCAAGAACCUUCAGCCAACCAUCUUUUCUAGUUUUCAGGUGAAGCAAAAACCAAGCUUAAACGCCAUGCUCUCGGAUAUAUGCAUUGCAACUUCAGCGGCUCCGACCUAUCUCCCGGCUCAUUAUUUCCAAACAAAGGACGUCAACGGCAAAGUGAUGAGAGAGUUUAAUCUCAUUGACGGAGGGGUUGCGGCAAAUAAUCCGGCACUGGUUGCCAUUGGCGAAGUGACCAAGGAAAUCAUAGAAGGUAGCCCUGACUUCGUUCCGAUAAAACCUUUGGAAUAUGACCGAUUCUUGGUGAUAUCUUUAGGAACCGGGAACCCAAAAACUCCCAAGUACAGUGCGCAUGAAGCAGCUAAGUGGGGCAUCUUGGGAUGGUUGGCCAGCAAUGGUUCUACCCCUCUGGUUGACGUCUUCAAUCAGGCUGGUGCCGAUAUGGUGCACUUGCAUCUCUCCAUUGUUUUCGAAGCCCUCUCCUCCCAGGAAACUUACCUCCGAAUUCAGGAUGAUACGUUGCAUGGAAAAACAUCUUCUCUCGAUGGAGCUUCACGAAAAAAUCUAAAUGACCUAGUUGAAAUUGGCGAGAAAUUGUUGAAAAAACCUGUUUCUCGGGUUAACUUGGAUACCGGUACUUAUCAACCUUGCAGCCAUGAGACCAACGCGGAGGCUCUGGAAAGGUUUGCAAAAUUACUGUCCCAGCAGAAGAAGCGCAGGGGCGGAGAUAAUGUUACUGAUAAGGCCUAGCGUCCAUUACGCAAAUUGAUUAGUACUUUUGUCAGUUGGAGUCGAGAUCCAUGCGUGGAGGGGCAC